CUCACAAAUUCACUUUCUCGCUUCCCUCUCGUCUUUUGUCAAAAGAAACGCUUUCGAAUACAAACCAAUCAAUCACCACCAUGACGAUGUCUCUUCUUUCAAUCCUCUGUGUUUUGCUCGCUGCUGCCUCGGCCGAGACGACGGAAUCGCGUGCUCUUCGAGUCUCCUCGUCGGGUGCUGUCUAUCGGCCGUUGACACUUCGCGGUGACGCCAUGUCGCGAUCUCUCCAAGGCGGCGUCCAACUCUCCAGCAAGGUGCCUCUCAAUCUCACACAAGCUGCCAUCUAUCUUGGCAACGGACUCAAUGGUUCUUCUGCUUCGUUGGUGGACGGCGUCGUCGCGCUCCAAAGCGACACUCUCGCCGGUGCGCAGGCGGUGUGUGCCUACGACGUGGAUCUCUCGUUUGUCAUUGACAUGGGAGCGAUCUACCGCGUCUCCGACAUUACAGUGUGGCACAACUGGCAAGGAGCUCCUCGUCGACACUGCGCUCAAAAGAUCGAACUCUCCACCGACGGAUUUGUCGAUUCGUCCGUGACAGUCUUUGAGACGGGGCCGACUGGCUACGGUCCUCUCGAAACUUCGCAAGGAAACCAAAUCGCUCUUGACACUCCGGUGCACGCGCGCUACAUUCGCCAUCAAGCAGGACGCUCCAAUGUGUCUCAACAAGUAAGUUUCAAUGAGAUUGAAGUGACGGUUCAGCCCAACGACUUUGAUUGGGGCCUCGCGGCUGGUGCUCCUCUCGUUUCCGUCCAAAGGGGCAACGCGACGAACGAGAACAACAUUCGCUUCAACUUUACCGUCGGAGACUCACGACCCGUCUACAAGCAAUUCAAGACGACGUUGCUUGCGGCCGAUUGCACCAGUACAGUCCCUGCCGACGAAAGAGCUUUGGCCAUUUCGUUUGACGACAGCGCCGCCAUGGAGCUUUUUGUGACGGUGGCCAUUGAUGAAUCGGAACUCGCCACGUCUCCGUUCUGGACGUCGCCCUCUGGAUCCUCUGGUACAGGUAUUAUUGGCUUCUGCCUCCUCGUGGAGUACUGUCUCACACAUCCAAAUACGGAGCAGCAUGUGGCCACCAUGAGUUUUCUCCAAACGGCAGUUGCCUUGUCGGUCAACUUGGAGGCGUCCUUUGCAAUUCAAGGCAUUCGCACCCAGCUCGACAGCCACGACGUUUGGACCAACGUAGACUACAAUUACAACGUCCAAGCUCGAUUGUGCUCCAGUGAUGGGUCAGAUGUUGAACCCACCACCAAUUUCACCCAAGGAUCGACCGUCUCCCUGUGUAUCUCCACCGCCGCCGACGUGCCCGGAUACGUUUCCGUCAGCCACAUUGAAGAACUUGUAAUGAAGCAGCAAGGAGGAUCCGUCAUGGUCACUUUGAUUUACAAUUCCGAAGACACCUUUCUCACGCUCACCACAUGCACCGAUGGAGAGUGUCGUGUCGAAAUCCAAUUGCCAACCGUGUUCUUUGUCACAGACCCACUGAGAAAUUUGGAAGUGUCGGGUGUUGCCAUUCUGGAGCUCGGGGAAGACGAGAGCGGAAAUGGCACCCGCCGCCGCGUCCGCCAACAAAGAACUGAAGACCAAACGCUCCCCGAGACCUCCACCGGUUUCACGGCCAAGGUCUACAUUAGCUACGGAGACGAGGAAGAAGAAUUCGUCGCGGGAGCUGAAAGUGGCUGCUCUGUCCUUUCCUCCUCCACGAUUGUGAUGAUUUGGACCGGCAUUGUGGCGCUCCUUUGUUUGCGUUAGGCGACGCGGAUGUUUUGACAGAGAGCGACACGCCCGAACGAGAGACCAAUCGACCAUUUGUACCCAGGUGUGUUGGCAGGACGGGGCGCUCAGAGUUGAAUCAUCGUGGGGCUCCUUGUUUAUGUAGUAGAAUAACUUUAGCACAAGUGAACAAGC